UCCUCACUGCCGCUAACACAACUAGCGCUUCCAGAAACCAUGUCGUAUUUAUCUUUCUGUAUGGUCCGUCCGUGGGGAAUUAUGUUUCUGCGCGGAAGGUUCGUGAAGCGUUGAUGCGAUGGAUGUCCAUCGCAGCGCUCGUAAGACUGUGUAAGCACACUGAUCGGUGGAGUAUAUUCAUGUUGUCGACAGAAUUUUGGAAUGGCGCUUCAACGAAUUUGACGAAGAACGUGCAAAAUUGCACUUGAGGAUGUAUCUCCGCAUCGCUUUGAAGAAUUGGGACAAAACUCGGUCACCAAAUGUGUCUGACGAAAGCCAGUAACAGCAGCACACUGCCAAUUCUGUCAGAGGUGAAUGGAAGCUUCUGGACUCUUUCACCAUGCUUUACUGGACUCCAGUGUGUGUGUGUGUGUGUGUGUGUGUGUGUGUGUGUGUGUGAGUGAGUCAGUGUGUGCGUGCGUGUGUGCGUGCGAGAGGAGGAAGUUGUCUUAUGGAUUAUAUAUGGUCAUGCUUGAGACUAUUGGCCCACAGGAAGAGGAAGGGAUCAGUGUCUCUUUUAAUGUCUCUUCUGUUUUCUACAAUCAGUUGAUGACACAAAAAAAGUAACAUUUAAUUCUAGUGAUGCACCGAAAUGAAGAUUCUGGACAUACUAGCCUGAAAAUAAUUAUUUUGAAUUAGACUUUGUUUGGAAUAAUUAAAUUCUAAAUGUUAUUAUUAGGGAUGCACCAAAAUUACUUUUCAUAUACGUUCUAUAUAUUAUUGUCAUUUAAUAUAUAUUAUUAUUUAGAGAUGUGCCAUGGUUGUCAACUAAUCAACUAGUCGUCUACUAACAUUCAUAUUUUUAGUGGUGGUGGUUUUAAUGGGAAACACAAUUCUCAAAUGAAUUGAGACGGGCAACUUCUUAGAGAGCAUUUAUUGCAUGAUGAUAGAUGUGUUUAACAGGGAUUAAUAGUUAGCAUGAUAAAACCAUCUGUAAGAAGUUUCAUCUCUUUAAUGUUUUAAGUUUAGUCCAUUUAUGCACCGCUUCUGUUACAGCCAUCAAAUCUUCACUUCUCAGGUUAAUUUGAUAGAGAGGUUUUGCAAUGGCAGAAUAGGGGCAAGAACUUCCUGUUCAAUUCAAAACCAGGGAGGGGCUCUCUCAGGUGGAAGUGACCAAUGAGCCAAAUGUCUGAGACUGAAGGCAUAGUUUCGUGGAAUAUCACGAUGAAUCUCUCUAAGUUGUAAGAAAACUCUCGGAGUCUUGAGUUCCAGAUGCCAAAGUUGUAGUUUAUUGAACACCAACAAACAUGAGACCGGCCAGCUGUCCAUUCUGACUGUCUUAGUCCAAAACCUCCUCUUCUAUACAGUUUGUUAUCUGGCAUUACCUCAUUUCUGUGCCCCUUUGUUAUUUUUGUAACCAAUGGAUACUAUUUGCCACCAUUACCUCACAGAGCCUUUUGAUAUCUUUUUACUGGUAGAAACUUGGCUUUAGUCUAUCUUCAAGGUCCUUAGUCUCAUUAUUUUGUUACAGCUGGGUGCUCUUUGUGGCCUCUGCAGCAUCAACACUUUUAGUAACCUCAUAUGCUCUCUCCUGGGUCACACAAAGGCCAGGAAACUCAUAUAAGUAUUUUGAUAUAUAAGAAACAUACUAGAAUAUUGAAAAUAUACUAUAUAUUCCCACCUCUGAGACUUAAAAGUCUCACACUCUAUUUCCCUCAAACCAGAGUGCAGUCACACAAGCUAGCCUGUCCCAUUCCAUCAUGUAGCCAAAGUAGGCCACUCAGUCCACUAUCCAAUGCCAUUUUUAUGGGGCUGCACUCUGCAGAACUUGGGACCAAACCUCUCCAUCCACACUUAACUAGGAAGAGGUAAAAGAUCCCAGUCCUCUAGCUAGCGCUGUGCCUGGGGGUUGGUGACAAAAAUCAACUCAUUUGUAAUAAGCAUGUGCAUGCAACUGUAAAGCCUUGCGUGAUGUAGAGUACAAUUGAUUAUCCAUUAAGUAGAAGAUAUAUAUAUAUAUAUAUAUAUAUAUAUGUAUAUAUAUAUAUAUAUAUAUAUAUAUAUAUAUGCUUUAACAAAACACUAUUAAAAGUAACAUAGUAAUAUUUAUCCUUUGUUGCCUGAGGAACUCACAGACAAUUCCGGUAGCCUGGAGCGCUAUCUGGUGGUGUGUUGGAGCAGACAGCGGGUUUUUAAACCACCAGUUGUGUCUAUUUGCUCUUGCAGCCAAGCACUGAGGUGCUCGUCGCUCCUGUCUUCAAAUAUAGCUCUUAUAUGUCUUCUCUUGGCAAUAAAUUCACAUAUACAUUAUAUGGAACCAUAAUCAUCAAAAAUGCUACUUCUAUUUGGUUAGAUACAGUGUACUAAAGAUAUACUUCACCAAUAAGUAAAAAGUAAUUGGUUACAUUGAUAAUAGGGGAAUAUGUCAAAAAUAACAAACAAAACACCCUCUAACUCCUUUCUUGAGAUGCUACCUAUUUUGUUAUGUAAAAUGAAUGUACAAUAGUCUUGCUGUCUCCCUUACUAUCAAAAACAUGAGAAAAGUGUUCAAAAAUAAAAUUCCUCUUACAUUGUUAUUUUCUUGAUUGCUUCUCAGUAAAUCUCAUCAAGUUCAUCCAAUCCUGGCCCAAUGGUAUAUUGUCUGGUUGCUACACUUGUUUGCAUUGUCAUCAUUGAUACAGCUACCAUUUGCUUAGCCUCCGUUCUAGUCAUAAUUGAUCUCAGAAUGGGUAUAAUACAACAUAACAAGAAUGCAAAUAGGGUCAAUCCUACUACUAACAUUAUACCUAUUUUCAUUAGCCAAAUCUUCCAUGACCCAAAAAGAUCAUCAAACCGUUGCCCAAACCGCUGAUCUCUCCCUACAUUAGAUUUAACUUCCUUUCUCAGGUCAUGCAGUUUCCUCAUCGCCUGGGUAAAAGCUCCUUCUGGGGAUGUAUUAUUUGGUAUGUAUGUAUAUACAGCAAUCUAAAUCUAAAUCUAAUCACAUUAUUAUUAAAAAAAACAUUUCAUCAUCUAAAUGCCAUAUUACUGCACAAUUGCCCUUAAAUUGUCCUACAUUAGUUUUUCCUUUAGUUUUGUUAAAGCAUUCAUACUCCAGUUGAUGAUUUAUAUUAUAUGAUAAUGUGCUUUCUUUUUUCUCAUUAUCCACACGUACGUCUAUUUUUCUGCCUUGAUCUCCCCACCCUAUCAUCUUAUAAUAUUUAUCAUAUUCCAGAUGACCCAAGAAUGCCAAACAUUCUGCUGGGCAGUACACUGUUCUCCCUGUUUUACCACAAUUUUUUUGGCAUAAUACUCAGCGCAAUGCUUAUAAUCAUACUGAUUUGGGACUACUACAAAUGUUUUCAAUGGAGUGGGUGAGCACAUUACACAGUUUGUCAUUUUUGCUUGCUUAGCCGUAUAUCUGGCCCAUUUAUACCAGUCAUUUUGAUUUGCAUAUUGUAAUAGUUCCUCUGUUCCUGCUGACUCUAUGGGUUCCAUAUCAUUUUCUAAAUUUAUUUGCUUUUUCAGUCUUUGGGUGAUUAUUUUGACAGGUGUCUUUUGAGGCGGAUUCUUCUGUUUGUUCUGCUUAGCCAAAUUGCUUAUCCAGAUUCUUUGCUUUUCGGGUUCACCUUUGUUUAGUGAUCCAGGCGUUCACUUCUUUCUGAUUUCUCGUGCUAUGUUCUCGAGACUCUGCUCAUUCGGGGGAAUAAUAUUGAAGGUCUGAGAUGUCAGUUGUAGGAAAUUCAUCAUACCAUAGUCGUUGUGAUGGUCCCUCGCCUGGGGAGUCUGGGCCUUCCUUGAUCGCCUGUCCGGUAGGCCCUGUAUGGGAGGCAAUACCUGUCCCAAAUAUGUCAGCUUCAUUGAAAAGGCCAUCCAAGAUCCCCAAGGCUGAUUGUAGGGAACCCACUCUGCAGUAUGCUUUCUUAGAAUUGUUCAUCUGGUGAUCCUGGUCCUUCUUGGGAUGUUUCUCUGGUAGGCCCUGUCAUUGGGGGCAACACUUGUCCCAAUCACCCCUGAUCUGUCUCCAGAGACCUCUGUACUCGGCACCCUUCCGCUACCAGCGCCUCGACCCCAAACAGCAAACGCUGCCCUACCCUCGGCCCUCCUCGCACGGCCCCACAGGAAGCACAGUGAAGUGGGCAACGGCAGCCAGCCGGCAUACGGGAGCAUGGAGGUGGGCAUGCGCGUGGUCCGCGGCGUGGAUUGGAAGUGGGGCAACCAGGAUGAAGGCGAGGGUCACGCAGGUACGGUGGUGGAGAUCGGGCGUCAGGGCAGCACUACUACACCCGACAAAACUGUGGUGGUGCAGUGGGACAGCGGGACACGCACAAAUUACCGCACCGGCUACCAGGCUGCAUACGACCUGCUUCUGUACGACAACGCACAGAUAGGUGUCCGACAUUCAAAUAUAAUUUGUGACAGCUGUAAGAAGCACGGCAUUAUGGGAAUGCGCUGGAAGUGUAAGGUGUGUUUCGAUUAUGACCUGUGCACUCAGUGUUACAUGAACAACAAGCAUGACCUGAUGCACGCCUUCGAGCGCUAUGAGACGGCACAUUCACAACCAGUGAGCUUGACGCCCCGACAGAACCUGUCCAGAAUCAUUCUGAAGGGAAUCUUCCAGGGCGUGAAGGUGGUCCGGGGACCUGACUGGGACUGGGGCAAUCAGGACGGUGGUGAGGGGAAGGUCGGGAAGGUGGUGGAUAUUCGUGGAUGGGAUCAGGAAUCGGGUCGUAGUGUUGCUAGUGUCACAUGGUCCAACGGCAGCACAAAUGUCUACAGGAUAGGUCACAAGGGGAAGGUGGAUCUCAAAUACGUGUCUGAUGUUCAAGGAGGAUUCUACUACAAAGAACAUCUGCCCAAAUUAGGUGAGCACGCGGAGCUGCAGCGGCAGGAGAGUGCAGAUACUCACUCUUUUCAGCAGGGCGAUAAGGUCAAGUGUCUACUGGAGGUGGACAUCCUCAGACAAAUGCAGGAGGGACAUGGAGGCUGGAAUCCCAAGAUGGCUGAGUACAUCUCCAGAACCGGGACGGUGCACAGAAUAACAGACCGUGGAGAUGUAAGAGUCCAGUACAGCAACAACAUACGCUGGACAUUUCAUCCUGGAGCUCUGACCAAAGUGAAUACGUUUGCAGUGGGUGAGCUGGUGAAGGUUUUUAAUGACAUUGACAGUGUGAAGAGAUUACAGGUCGGUCAUGGAGAGUGGACAGACAGUAUGGCUCCAGCUUUGGGACAGGUUGGGAAAGUGUUGAAGGUGUAUGCAGACGGUGACCUGCGUGUGGCGUUUGGAGGUCAGACGUGGACAUUUAACCCCGCGUGUCUGUCUGCUCAGCCCGGUGAGGUCGAUGCCAAUCUGAUGACCGCUGAGAACUCCAGCGAAUCAGGAAGUACGGUUAUUUCAGUCCUGGAGAAGUUACUGUCUCAGUCCACAGAUCAGGAUCAUCCAGGGCGUCUGGUCAUCGAGGCGGCACAUGGGAGUGCCCUUAAAGUGCGUGAGCUGGUGCAGAAAUACCCAGACAAGGUCGAUAUAAAGAACCAGGGGAAGACGGCUCUGCAGGUAGCGGCUCAUCAGGGUCACGUGGAGGUGGUGAAGGUUCUCCUGCAGGCCAACAGCAGCAUUGAAGCUAAAGAUGAGGACGGGGACGCCGCUCUACACUACACCGCUUUCGGGAAUCAGGCAGAGGUUGCACGUCUGUUACUCAGUAAAGGAGCCAGUGUGAAUCUGUUGAAUAACUCCAUGUGUACCGCUCUGCACAUCGCUGUCAAUAAAGGCUUCACCGAUGUGGUGAGAGUGCUGACAGAACACUGCGCUGACAUCAACCUGCAGGAUUCAUAUGGAGAUACACCGUUACAUGACGCCAUCGCUAAAGACUUCAGAAGCAUUAUCGAGAUUCUCACUGUGGUGCCCAACAUAGAUUUCACCCAGCAGAACAACCGUGGCUUUAACCUGCUGCAUCACGCCGCCCUCAAAGGAAACAAACUAGCAACUGAGAUGAUCUUGGCACGAGCACGACAGCUGGCUGAUGUUAAGAAGGAAGAUGGUUUCUCUGCGCUGCAUCUGGCCGCCUUGAACAACCACCGUGAUGUAGCCGAGAUACUCCUCAAAGAGGGUCGCUGUGAAAUCAACAUCAGGAACAAUCGUAAUCAGACGGCACUGCAGCUGGCCGUGACUCAGGGUCAUGUGGCUCUCUUGUCCCUGCUGGUGACGGAGGGUGCGGACGUGAAUGCAGAGGAUGAGGAUGGAGACACGGCCAUGCACACGGCCCUCAGCAGACAGCAGCUGACCACCGUCAUGAGCAGCGGCGAGGGCGAGGGAUCCGUUCUGUACAGCAGGUUGUGUAGCUCAGGUCUGAUGGGGAACACAGAGCUCAAUGUUGGUGCCGCUAUUGCUUGCUUCCUGGCACAGGAAGGGGCUGAUAUCAGUUAUGCCAAUCAUAAAGGUAAAAGUCCUCUGGACCUGGUGACGGACAGCACUGUACAACAACUCAUCCGGAGCUUCUCCGAGAAACACAGACUUCAAGCGGUCACGUGUGGGACGGGUAUAAGCAGCAGCAGUCUGAGGCGGGUUCACACUACACCCAACACCAUGACGAACCUGGCCAUGCCCAGUGUGACGGGCCCCAGCGAGUGCCUCAUCUGCUCUGAGUUUGCACUCCUCGUGCGCUUCUCUCCUUGUCAACACAGCAUCACAUGCGAGGAAUGUGCUCACAGAAUGAAGAAAUGUAUCCAGUGUCAGGUGACAAUAACAAAGAAAAUUCGACAAGAUGAAACGGAGGUGGAGUGCAGCCCGAGCUCAGACAGCUCAGAGCAGCAUAACCUGCUGGAGCAGCUGCAGUCGCGUUACAGACAGAUGGAGGAGCGCAUCACCUGCCCCAUCUGCAUCGACAACCACAUCAAACUGGUGUUCCAGUGCGGACACGCAUCCUGCAUCGACUGCAGCGCGGCGCUCAAAACCUGCCCCAUCUGCAGACAGACCAUCCGCGAGAGAAUCCAGCUGUUUGUCUGACGGACGGCGAGCGUGUGUUGUGUCCAAGCAGAGAGUUUGUGCUUCAUUGUCUGUCCUGUCGAGCAUCUUCAUUUAGCCAUAAUGCUGCUGCCCGCGUGUGCUGGACCAGUGAACGGAGGAUGUUAGUGGGCGGAUGAUGGCUUGACAAUGUGUGCUUGUCUGUGUGUGUCAUGUGAGGUUUUUUUGAUGGAUGGACAAGAAAAAUUGGAUUCAGGAGAAUGAUGGAUUUGUGGAAUAUGUUUCUUCACUGGUGAAUUCUGCUGCGAUAUCUGUAACUGAAGUGGUUCAUUAGAGAUCACCAGAUGUUCCACCUGCUGCUGAAGUGAUGAUUAAACCCCAACACUCUCUGUUUCUUCUGUUUGAACUACUCUCAUAUCUCGAUAUCACCAACCUGUCAAAAACAAUGCCAGAUUUCUCACAUUGUGAAUUUGUCACAAAUGAUUUGAUAAUUUUGUGGCGUUUUCCUCUCCAAUGCAUUACUGUAAUUCACAGAAGUAAAUAUAGUUGUUGUGUUUAUACAUCAGGGUGGUAUUUGUUGUACUGCCUUUAAGUUAUGUUGAUGUAAAGGGGAAACAAUCUUUACUGCUGAGAAUCCCCGUUGAGAAUGAUAAAUAAUCUUUCAAGUUUAACAUCUAAUGCAUUUCAGGAAUGAAAAUGAGAUUUUUGUCACAAUAAG